AUGUACACUUCAAAAAAUAUUCGAAAAUCUAACCCUGAAAUCCACCCAGGAACCGGAAAAUCGAGCAUUAUUUUCUCCCUCGCGGGCGAAAUUGGUUACGACAUUUGCUUUUUGUCCCUCUCAUCCCCACAUUUGAAUGAUGACGCGUUGGCAACUGCGAUGAGCAAGGUGUUCGUCAAGACGAUCGUGCUCAUUGAAGAUAUCGAUUCCGCCUUCGAUCACAAGGACUCGACCGAUGCCCCCAACAAGAUGGCGGAUUCGUGCAAGGUCACCUUUAAAGGGAUACUUAAUGCGUUGGAUGGCGUUUCAUCGCAGGAAGGCAGGAUCGUUUUUAUAACGACGAAUCAUAUCAAGAAAUUAGACCCAGCACUAAUCCGACCGGGACGGGUUGACGUUAAAAUUUGUAUCGACUACGCCACCGAGGACCAAAUUCGGAAAAUGUUUGCCCGAUUUUACCCCCACGUAGAGCCCCAAGUGGUGAAAGAGAUGUGCCUCAAAAUUCAAAAAGGAUUGAAGAAAAGUAGGAAGAAAGCGUCCAUGGCGUGUCUGCAAAGUUUAUUCAUUUUGCACAAAGAUAAUCCCAACGAUGCCGUCGAUCAUGCCGAAAAACAUUUUGAAGAGUAUGCAGACUCUGCAAACACAGGAUAUUUAGACUUUUACAUGUAG